UCUGAGAGGAUUUACGAGAAGCCUGUCAUUAACCAGGAGACGGGAAUUCACGUGUGAUGGUGGGAGAGAGGUGGAGCAUGCUUCACCAUCCAAUCAGAGAGAGAGGAGUCAAGCCUCACCCUCACCUCAUCCUGCAGAUAAACGCUGAGUUCAAGUCAGAAGAUGAUCAGCACUCAGAGAGACGUCUGCUUAGACAUGGAUCGCCAUCUUCUUCUGCUGCUGCUGCUGCUGUGGAGCUCAGGAGUGCAGGCUGAUGAAGAUCAUCCAGAUUCAGCAGUGAUCGCCAGGUUGGUGGGAGGAGCCAGUCGCUGUGCAGGAGCGCUAGAGAUCCUGUACGAGGGACAGUGGAAACCAGCGUGGGUCUUUCCAUCAAACCCGAAGACAUCAGAUAUCAUCUGCGAGCAUCUGGACUGUGGCUCUGAUGUUUCUACAAGACACAGAGGCAUAAACUCAUCAACGUUGUUCAUCGGUGGCGCCUGUGUUCAGGGUCUAAAUCGUUUGAAUUCUUUCUGUGCCGUUCCUUAUGUUCGCUCUACCACCACCCUGGACAUAACCUGCUCAGGAGCUCCCCAUCGUUCAACAGAAUUUGUCAGGUUGGUGGGAGGAGCUAGUCGCUGUGAGGGGACUUUGGAGCUUAAUUAUCUUUCUGAGUGGAGACCAGUGAGGGACUAUCGAUGGGACCGGGAGGCAGCAGCUGCUGUCUGUAAACAUCUGGACUGUGGCUCUGCUGUUUCUGUAGGAAGUAGAAAACGCUCUGUAACAUCUAUAACAUCUCUACCAUCUGUGUGGAGGAUCAGUGGUGACUGCUUCUCUGGAUCUGCUCUGAGGCAUUGCAUAAGAAAAUGGAUUUCCACCUCAGUACUGCAUGUAACCUGCUCAGACUCUGUCAGGCUGCUGAACGGUUCCAGUCUAUGUUCAGGCAGACUGCAGGUGAAGUCUAACCAGAGCUGGUCCUCAGUGUGUGAAGCUGACUUUGACCGGCAGGAUGCAGAGGUGGUCUGUAGGGAGCUUGGCUGUGGACCCCCUUCAGUCCUCCAGGGGGCGCUCUACGGAGAAGUGGAGGCUCCAGUGUGGAACAAAGAGUUCCAGUGUGGAGGCCAUGAGUCUGCUCUCCUGAACUGUAGAAGCUCAGGCUCAGCUAGAAGCAGCUGCUCACCUGGCAAAGCUGUUGGACUCACCUGUUUAGAUCCACUGGCUCAACCAAUCAUUAUUUUGACCUCCAUGGACGGGGUCUCCGAGGCCCAGCAGCAGGGCUUUCAGGUGUCCAGGGGCUCCAGCUUCACUGUCAGCUGCUCCAUCCAGCCACAGUACCCAGGAGGCUCCUUCCACCUCACCUUCACCUCCUCUGACACCAAGAACAACUACACGCAGCCAGCUGUCAAUCACUCUGCCAACUUCCCAUUUCCUGCUGCAGAGCCCGCCCAGCAAGGAAACUACAGCUGUGUUUAUCAAGUCCAUGUUUCAUCUCACAAGUUGUCCUCUGAGAGCCACCUGCUGUCUGUCACAGUCUCAGGAGUAAAGCAGACUUGGACCAGUUCUCCAGACGCACCAGUCGGAAGAGAAUUAUAGGUUAACAUCACUGGAUAAGUUAAGCCUCACCGCAGACUGGAGGACGCUGGGCUGGUGGAGUGUGACCUAAGCGUUGGUGCAGUGAAGAGGGCGGAGCUCACAAAGCGCAUUACUCAUUAUUUAGAGUAUUUGUCAUGUCCACCCUCCAGUGUGCCAGGCAUGAAUUCCUGCCUGGUCCAGACUUCUGCUGCUGUGCUCAUUAAAGUCUGUAACACUA